AUGGCAGCGACGAAAACGCGUAAUCUUAUGACGGAAGAAGAAUUGAUUGAAUUGGAGAAACAGGAAUUUGAAACUGGGCCACUGUCCGUCCUAUUGAAUGCCGUGAAAAACAACACGCAGGUUCUUAUUAACUGUCGAAAUAAUAAGAAACUGCUUGCGCGUGUGAAAGCGUUCGACAGGCAUUGCAACAUGGUGCUCGAGAAUGUCAAAGAGAUGUGGACUGAGGUCCCCCGCCCGGGGAAGGGGAAGAAAAAGUCAAAACCCGUUAAUAAAGACCGCUUCAUCAGUAAGAUGUUCCUACGCGGAGAUUCCGUUAUUCUUGUCCUGCGGAACCCCCUUGCGACGGCAGCGGCAUCGGCCCGUGGCUGA